AUGGGCCUGCCAAUGUACGUUUCACCUUCCCUGUCUAAACGACAACUACCUCCUAAACAACAACAACAGAAUUCACAAACGAGCUAUUACGACUCUUCAGUUGGCGGUGAUGCCACAAGUCAGAAUUCAAGGACAAGUGCUUUCGAGAUUCCAGAAUGGCAAAUUGGUACCAUUAGAAAUGGAGGUGGUGGUGUGGGAGACAGCAACAGUAGUCAACGGAGUGAACGUAGAAGACGAUCAUUAUCGUAUGAUGUUCAUCAGCACAUUCAACGACUUCACCAAUUACAACAUUUACAUCGUACACGAGAGCAAAUGGCUGCAGCUUCAUCGUCUUCAUCUAAUAUCGCAACUAGGCGUGGUCUUCAAGCGGCUCACUUGAUUAAUCUUCAAAAUGAACAAGGAAUGCAGCAGAGACACAUUUCACUUCCGCCGCUUAGAAGUCCAGUGAGGUUCCGACCUAAUGAUGAGCAUCGUCUUAGACACCGUGAUCAUAAUAAUAACAGUAGUAACAGACAACAGCAGACAAUAUCAUCGAAUACAUCUUCCAAUACUUCAUCAGCAGCUUUAGACGAUGUUAUUCGUAGGGUGAAUAUACUGAGACAAAUGGCUCAACAUCAAGAAAGAUUACUAAGACCGCGAUAUAGAUCUUCUCACAGUUCACACAGAGCAUCAUCAUCAUCAUCAAUAAUAUCACCGUCAUCAGCUACAAUAAUACCCCCUACAACAUUAUCACCGACGACACCAACAUCUUCAGCUGGAACAACCACAACAUCAUCUUCAACAAGUGCGGUUAGGGAUGAAUUACUUCAACAAAUGAGAUUACCACGAAUUUCUAUUGAAAAUCCGACACUUGUCGGUGGUUUUGGCACACUUCCAGCCCCAUCUUCAUUAAAUAAUCAUCGCUCAAAUGAUACUGAUGAUGAAGAAACAUCAUCAUCAACCCAGAGUCAACAUACUCGCAUACUAUCUCCUAUACCAAGGCGAUACAAUCACAAUAAUACCUAUUCGAAUGCACUGGCUGCUGUAUCGAGUAAUGUAGUUGAAUUGGAUGAAGAUGGAUACGAGGUAGACGGAAAUAAUCUUCGAGAUCAAUAUUUGCAUUUUGAAGCUACCAACCCCAUUAUUGCUACUACGACCGCCGACGCUGCAACAAAUACUAAUACGUCUAAUCACGAUGACAUUAUUCUUCAGAGAAGUUCUGCGUCAGGAGAAUGCUGUUAA